GUUCGUUUCUGGCGGUUCUGAGAUGGAAGAAAUCAGCCGCUCCAGGCAGAAAGAGCCCAGCCCUUCUGACUCGGAUCUGCAGUCAGACUGACUGCUCCAUGCCGCGCGAGCCACCGCCGGAGCUGCAGCCGGGGGAAGAUGUGGAGCCCAUCCAGUGCUCAGGCCGGGAGCUGGCCAAAGAGUUGGAGGCCGUGCGAACUCAGCUCGCCGAGCCGAAGGACUGGACGGUGCGCCUGAAGGCGCUGCGCAGGCUGCAGGGCCUGUUGCUGGGGCAGCCCAAAGGCGCUUCGGCUGCGAAAGAGCUGCACCACGCGCCGCUGCACCACGCGCUGCUCAGCCAGGCUCAAGAUCUGCGCUCGGCUUUGGUGCGGGAGGCGUGCAUUGCGGUGCAGCUGAUGGCCUCUCUGCUCGGCGAGGCCUGCGAGAGCCUGGCAGUGCCUGCAUUGGGGGUUCUACUGCGCAGCACCUCUGUAACGAUUCUGAUCAUCGCUGAAAGCUGCUACCUUUGCGCGUGCAGCAUCGUCCGGGAGUGCCGCACAGCGCGCGUCCUGCAGGCGCUGCUGGAGCAGUUGAAGGCCAAGAGCGGGCAGCAGCGCAGCCGCGGCUUCGGGGUACUGCAGCUGGCCCUCGCCAGCUUCGCCCUGCCCAUUUUGGAGCGGCAGGCGGAUGCACUGCAGGGCGCCAUCCGCGAGGGCAUGGAGGACGCGCGGGACGACGUGCGCGCGCUGGCGCGGCGCUGCUUCUGGGCCUUCGCGCAGAAGUUUGAGGAGCGCGGCCGGCGAUUCCUGGCGCGGCUCUCAGCGCAGAAGCAACGGCAGCUCAGGGCGGAUCAGCCGGAGUUGGAGACAGGCUCCACAACCUGUCCCAGCCCCUGUCCUUCGACUGGCACGGGUAGUGAGCGGAGCCGGGAGCGCGAGCGUGCGCUGAGCCAGCCGCGACAGGCACAUGAGAGGCCGGCGCCUCGUCUCCGUUCCGCCUCCGCCAAGUCCCUGAAAUCGGCGCCGGCGCCGGCGGCCUCGGCGACGCCUGCGUCGCCCGCGUCGCCGGCGUCGGCGUCGGCGGGCUUGGCGCCGGCGGCGGCUUCGGCGGCGGCGCGGCGCUUGAAGCAAGAGCCGGCGCCGACACCUGCGCAGGUGCGAUCCCCCAGCCCGGUGAGGGAACGCAUGUCUCCGCUGCCGGAGGCGGAGGAUCCGCCCGAAGCCGACGACUUCAGCGACUUCUGGGCCUGCCUCCGAGCCACAAAGCCGGCGCCCGCCUUCGCGCUGAAGCGGUCCCUCGCGUCGCGGCCGGAGCACUUGCAGGAGACGCUGAGUCUUCUGGGCUCUGUCCUCGCGGGGGACCGCGUCUCGGAGGACGGCUCAGAGCUGGUGCCGGAGGAAGCUCUGCGGGUCCAGGCGCUCUCUCUGCUCGAGGCUUUGGCAUCCUCGCCUUUGCGCCCGCAGAUGGUCGGCAGCAUGGGCGUCCUGCUGCGGGACCUGCUGCGAGGCAGUGGCUGGUCAUCUUCAACUCCGUUGGCCCGUGGCCGGGUGCGCACCACGCUGAAAGUGCUGCAGGGCAUGGACGGCGCCGCCUUCCGCGCGGCGGCUGGGGACUUGCAUCCAGCGCAGUUCCAAGUUCUCUCGGCGAUGCUGCCAGAGAUGCAGCCCAAAGCCAAGGCAUCCGGAGCGAUGCAGGAUUUGGCAGCGCAGGCGCUGUGCGAUUGGGAGAAGCAAGGCAGCCGGGUCUUGUUCGUGGUGCUCAAUGCCCUCACGCCAGAGGCGCUGGAGGAGACCCGAACUGCAGCCAUGGCGUGCCUCCAGGACCUGCUCCAACACCCUGGCUGCGCCGACUUUGCGGAGGUCUUGGCCUCCAAGCUCUUCGACUGCCUGCGCUCGGACCGCAAGGUGCUCCGCUUGCUGGAGCGCCUGCUGGCCAACAUCGAGCCUCUCCGUAGCCUGGAGAUCCUAUUGCCGGUGGUCGCCGAAAUGGAGCCGGCUGCGAUCCUGUUGUCGCAAUGUCUUCAGCGCUUGACACCGAGGCAAGCGAUGCAGCACCUGGAUCUGAUCCUGCCCUCGGUGGCCAACGCCUGUGCCAGCGAGAACGCUGAGACACGUAAGGCCGCAAUCUUCUGCCUUGUAGACCUCUACUUGUCGGUGGGAGAGGAGGCCAUGGAGUGCUUUCACCGGGAGCUCUCGCCCAGCCAGCUGACGCUGGUGACCAUGUACGCCCAGCGGCGGCAAUGCGGCAGCUGCGCGUCGCAAGAAAGCUGCCGUGAGGACUUGAGGAUCGCAACCUGCUGAAACGGAGCUUUCACCGCAGCUCCAAAUCAGCUUUGGUCCAAAUCCAUGCGAGAAGGAGGUUUUCAAUCAGCUUGCAGCAUUCCAAGCCGCAAGUUGAUGCGUCGCGUGGAAUAAUUCGGGUGAAGCGGGCAAGCUUAGCUAUUCCAAAUUACUCUGCAACCUUGUCAAUGCACCCAAAGAAGCCUUGGGCUGAACCAACC